AUGUCGAAUGGUAAAUCUCAAUACGCGGGCUUCGUCCCGGCCCCGGCACGUACCCGCCAGAACGGUAUUAUUGAAGCAUCGUCCACCAUCCUCCAUCCACAACUCGCAUCUCAACAGGAACAAACCUCACCUCCACGUCCGAGCUUCCUCUCCCAGGGGUUUCCCAGGAUCUCAAUUUGGGCUCGACUUCUCCAAAACCCCUACCCCCUGUCCCCUCACGCCCCCCGUCUGUUGCCCAAUACGAGCAGGGACCGCGUCGUGGACAAGUCCUCGUUUCGAAUCGACUCGUGA